AUGCCUAAAGCUGAGAUUCGUGGUGUUUAUUUCCCGAUGCUCAAGGUCAAAUCAUUGACUCUGGAUACAGUGAUCUCUCAGUAUGUUAUUCCUGGCAUACAAAGGCAGUUACAAAACUCUCCUGAUUUAGAGAAGCUAGUAGUAGGUGGAAGGACUUCCAGCAAGGCCAUACCGGAGCAUCAUCUUGACCAAUACUUGAAAUCACAAUCCUUGAAACUGGAUCAAUGCUGGAGAUCGUCUAAAGAUGGUUUCAAAUGGAAUACGUCUUGUUGGUAUGUACAACCAAAGCAUGUCACUGCAUUUGUGGAACUUGUUCUUGAAAAAACAGAGAAGUCAGACAAGAUGGUCCUAUUGUUGGAUAAACGUUACCUUAAGUCUUAUAUUGAAGACCUGACUGCAACACUUGCUCACAACAACAAUGUCAUCAUUGGGCCUCUUCCACCAACAUCACAAUGGUGA